UCUCCGGCCCUCUUCUGGCGCUCUCAGGUUUAGCUGGCUGGCUGACGUUAUCCCGCAAGUAUUGAUUCCUUUAUGUCGCGCCUCUCUCGAAGAGAAACCAGAUAUUUAUAUUUAUUUAUCCGUGGCCUGGUUGGCUGACAAAACCCGGGAGUGGGAAACCGGAGAGAGAGAGAGCGAGCAGUAGCGCGAUUCCCCGUGCGUGCCAGCCUAGCCUCCAAACUGCAGGAGGCGCUGUCAGCAAGACCUGCCCGCUCCCUGCGACCAACGAGCCGAGCGAUGUGGGCGGGACGUCACGUGGAGGAGCUGCCAACCCCAGCAUUCACGGUGGAUCUGGACGUGGUGAAGCGGAACACGCAGCGCAUGAGAGAACGCUUCCAGGUGCUGGGCGUGGGCUUGAGGCCUCACAUGAAGACGCACAAGACGCUGGAAGGCGGGGACCUCAUGACUGGGGGCACUCGGAGGAGAAUCGUGGUCUCCACCUUGGCCGAGGCCAGGUUCUUUGCAGACGGCGGUUUUGAUGACAUCCUGUAUGCCUACCCGCUGCCCUUUGACAAGUUGGAAGAAUGCGCCUCGUUGGCAGAGAGACUGGAGAGCUUCCAUGUGCUGGUGGACAGCUCCGAGGCCCUGGCUCUCUUGAAGAGGAGGCGUCUCAGCCCAGGGAAGCUCUGGAAGGUCUGGCUGAAGAUAGACUGCCAAAAUGGCCGAGCUGGCCUGAGUAAUACUGACCCAGCUGCCCUGGAGCUGGCCAGGGCGAUUGCAGAGGCGCCUACCGAGCUGCUGGGGAUCUACGCGCAUUGCGGCAACUCUUACAGCUGCCGCGGGGUGUCUGAAAUCCAGUCUGUGGCUCAGGCCACCACCCUCUGCACCCUGAACUUCAUGGACAAGCUGCGAGAAGCCGGGCUGGCGUGUGGCUCUGUCUCCAGCAUCGGCUCCACGCCGUCCUGCAGUCACCCGGUGCCCGAGAUGGCCAGACUCAAGGAAGUCCAUCCUGGCAACUACAUCUUUUACGAUGUCCAGCAGAUGAUGAUCGGUUCUUGCCAGCUGGAGGAUGUCGCUGUCCGGGUCCUGACGAGGGUGAUCGGCCACUACCCGCAUCGUAACCAACUGCUGGUGGACUGCGGAUGGACCGGUCUCAGCCUCCACAGCCUGGGCCAGCUGCCAACGGGCUAUGCCCUUGUGGAGGGUCAUCCCAACCUCAAGUUGGUGGGGAUGACCCAGGAGCAUGGCAGAAUCGAACCCACCACUGGGGAGUUGGAUUUCUCCAAAUAUCCCCUGGGAAGCCUCCUGGCACUGAUUCCUUAUCAUGCCUGUGCGACAGCUGCCAUGCAUCCGCUCUACUACGUCCACAGCCAGGGCCAGCUGGUGGCCACGUGGAAGCCGGUCCGAGGCUGGUAGGAAGGAGCCCGGAGCCAAAGGGGCAGGACAGCUGGGCUAGGAAGGGCCUUCUGGAAGAAGUCAGCUCUUUGGUCUCCCCCCCUUAAUUUUAAUAUCAAAAAGAGGACAUGUAUUCACAGACAAAAACAAAACAUUUGGCCCUCAUACUUAUUUCCCACCUUCCUUUCAUGCUGGAGUUCAACAUGGCACAUGGCAGGGUGCAGGUGUUCUCCCAUCCAGGCACUGGCCAGAUCCAAACCUGCUUAGCUUCAACAAAGGGGCUGCCCUCAGGCCACGCUGUGUUACAGAAACAGCCUGCCUUGGGGCUUCAGAGAGCACCCCUCUAUGUGAUGUGGAGUUGCAGGCUUGCAACCUUCAUCUUGGCUACUUAGGAACAUAGGAAGCUGCCAUAUACUGAGUCAGACCACUGGUCUAUCUAGCUCAGUAUUGUCUUCCCAGACUGGCAGCAGCUUCUCCAAGGUUGCAGGCAGGAAUCUCUCUCAGCCCUGUCUUGGAGAUGCUGCCAGGGAGGGAACUGGGAACCUUCUGCUCUUCCCAGAGCGGCUUCUGGGAAGAGCAGGGUUCGAGUGGUAGCACUCUGCUCCUCCUCACCCUUCCUGCUUCCUGCUUUUCUGCUCCCUCCUCCCUGCAAGGAAGUCUGUCUGUGCACCCCAACCUGCAAGUGUAACUAACCCCAUCAGUCUAUACGUGAAGUUGUGGGGUUUGCCCCGGCGUGCAUCACUUUACUCUUGCUUACGUUGGACCGCAUUUGCCAUUUUCCUCUUGGAGUGCCUCACAAUCUGUUGUGGAUUUCACUACCCUAAAUAGUUUGGUGUCAUCUGCAUAUUUGGCCACUUCACUGGGUGCCCCAACUUCUAGGUCUUUUAUGAACAAGGUAAAGAGCACUAGUCCCAGUACCAAUGAUCCCUGGGGGACCCCACUUCCUACUUCCCUCCAUUGUGAAAUCUGUGCAUUUAUUCCCACACUCUAUUUCCUGUUACCAGUUACCGAUCCACACCUGAACCUGUCCCCUUAUCCCAUGACAGCUAAAUUUACUCAAGAGCCUUUGGUGGGGAACUUUGUUAAAAGCUUUUUGGAAGUCCAAGUACACUAUAUCGGCCAGAUCACCUUUAUCCACAUGCCUGUUGUUGACACUCUCAAAGAACUCCAAAAGCUUUUUGAGGCAAGACUUCCCCUUGCAGAAGCCAGGCUGGUUCUCCUUCAGCAGGGCCUGUUCUUCUAUAAAGGUAAAGUGUGCCCUCAAGUCGAUUUCGCCUCCUAGCACCCCCAGAGCCCUGUGGUUGUCUUUGGUAGAAUACAGGAGGGGUUGACCACUGCCUCCUCUUGUGCAGUAUGAGAUGACGCCUUUCAGCAUCUUCCUGUGUCGCUGCUGCCCAAUACAGGUGUAAACAUACCUGCGGGGAUUUGAACCAGCAACCUUCUGCUUGUUCGUCAAGCAUUUCCCCGCUGCUCCACUUAAGGUAGUUCUUCUAUAGGUUUAACCAAUUUAUCCUUAAGCAUGUUGUGGAAAUCUCUAGUAAUCUGCAGUGCAUAAAUAUUUGUCCAUUACGGUUAAUGAGCCUCUCCUCACCCAUGCAUUGAAUCGGUGGUUUAUCCAGCUCUGGGAGUUUCCAAGAUUUCAGAAGCCAGUCUGGUUCGGGUGGGGACAGGCAGCCAUUUAAUUAAUUAAUUAAUUUAAUUUAAUUUAAUUGAUGUAUGCAAACCGCUUUGGUCGAAAAGCAGUAUAUAAAUACUCGUCGUAUUUGUGUUCGUA